AUGGGUGUAAAUCCCCGUGCUUACCCGCUCGCGGGACCGGAACUAACAAACAAACUAAUCGAGUUGGUGAAACAAGCCGCCUCGUACAAACAGUUAAAGAAAGGAGCAAAUGAAGCUACGAAAGCGCUUAACCGUGGGAAAGCAGAAUUCAUUGUGAUGGCGGCGGAUAUCGAACCCCUCGAAAUAGUUCUUCACCUUCCUCUCCUUUGUGAAGACAAAAAUGUGCCAUAUGUAUUCAUCCCCUCGCAGAUGGCUCUAGGAAGAGCCUGUGGUGUUUCCCGAUCAGUUGCUGCAGUUGCUGUAACAGACAGCGAGGGAUCGCAGUUGAAGCCCCUAGUUGUGGCUAUACAACAAAGCAUCGAAAAGCUCCUUAUUUGA